CCCCCCCCCCCGUGCCUUUUCUUUUUUCCAAUUUGAUUGACACAUACAAAGAAUAAAAGAAAUUGUAGCUGUAAGAUUCUAAUUCUCCUUCGUACAGCAGCAUAAAAGAGGAAGGAAUGGAAAAUCAUGAUAACGUUCUACAGAAGCAUGUUAUUUUCUUCGAUCGGAACAAAGAUGGGACCAUUUAUCCCUCAGAAACUUUUCGAGGUUUCCGAGCAAUUGGCUGUGGGAUCUUAUUGUCAAGCGCCGCCGCAGUUUUCAUUAACGUUGGACUUAGUCGCAAAACAAGACCUGGGAAAUCUUUUUCUCUGCGAUUCCCAAUUGAGGUAAAAAAUAUCCAAAUGGCCAAGCAUGGUAGUGAUUCAGGUGUAUAUGACAAAGAAGGAAGGUUUGUUGCAUCGAAAUUUGAGGAGAUUUUUGCCAAGCACGCGCACACUCAUCCAAAUGCCUUGACAUCAAAUGAAUUGAAAUCAUUCAUGAAGUCGAACAGGGAAAAAAAGGACUACGGUGGAUGGCUGGCAGGCUAUGUAGAGUGGAAAAUCUUAUACUCACUUUGCAAGGACAAAAAUGGAUUGUUGCAGAAAGAUACCAUCAGAGCUGCAUUUGAUGGAAGCCUAUUCGAGCGAAUGGAAAAGGAGAAAGCAUCUAAGAAGCAGGCGAAUCGACCAAAAUCGACAAUAUAAACCAUUAACUAUCGUACCAUGAAUAAUAUACUAAACAAGAAGCAGUCGUGAUCUCUUUAUUUUUUUCCAGUGUUCUUAUGAUGUGUGAAGAAUGUAUAAGAAUAUGUAUACAUGGAUGUUGGAUAGUGUUUCAUUAAAAAAAGUUGUAAUUCCCUCGACUAGUGCUUGAAUAACUUGUAAUUUAAAAUCCCUUCAAGUAAUCCAAUGCACUCCAAUAGUAUAAAACUACACAAUACAAA